AUGGUGGCGCGAAUAGAGCAGUUAGCGGCGAAGCUGGCGCAGAAGGAGGCGGCCAUGGCUGCUCUCAAGAAGGAAGUUGACGAAAUGAAACGCACGAUGGCGAAGGCCGAAGCGGCGAAGGGCGCAGCGGCGAAAGAGGCGUUGGCGACGGAAAGGCAGGGGGAGACGGUGAAGGGAAAGGACGGGGCGGAGAGUGCAGCGGCAGGGAAUGCGGGGAAGGCAGGGAAAGCAGGGGACACCCUCCCCGCGGCGCAUCCUUCCGAGCCGACCAAUCGUAUCCCGUUUCUGGACAGGUACAUAGAGGAGCACGUGGAUAGAGUAAGGAGUGAGUAUGAUUCGGAGGUGGAGGGGAUGAAGGAGCAGGUGGAGGCGGUGCGGAGGGAGGCGGCAGAUGCGGUGGGUGCGCUGAAGGCGGAGAUUGCGCGGAUGAGGGCUGCGGCGGAGCGGCAGGCGGCGGAAGUGGCGUACGUGCGCGCGACGGCGGCGCACACGGAGGCGCGGAUGAACGACGUGGAACUGGCGGUGGCGGAGGGGAAGAGCGCGUGGGAGAAGGAGCGCGCGGAGCGCAACCAGGCUGGGGGAGCGGAGGUGCCCGAGGGGAAGAAGCGAAAGCGGGAUGAGGCAGUGAAGGCGGAGGGUUUGGCGCUUGCUGCUGCGGGUGGUUGCGCACUUAUCGCCGAUCGCGACGGUUCCGAUGGAAAACAGGAUGGCGGAGGAAUGAAGUCUGCCCUGUCGGGACUGAGAGCGGUGGUGGAUGGCCUAAGCGCUUCCCUUAGUGAUUCGACGUUCGUACGGUCGCAAUUGCAACGGGCAAUAACGGGAGCCAUGUCAGACGGAGAGACGGUGAGUGAGGCAGCAGGAGGAAUGGAGGCGCGAGUAGAGCAGUUAGCGGCGAAGCUGGCGCAGCAGGAGGAGGCCAUGGCUGCUCUCAAGAGCGAAGUUGACGAACUGCGACGCGCGGUGGCGCAGGUCGCAGACGCGAAUGGCGCUGAAGCGAAUGUUCUAGAGGCGAAGGGCGCAAAUGCAACGGGCGCAGAAGCAGAGGGCGCAGAGGCAAUGCGCACAGAAGCGACGGGCGCAGCGAAGGGCGCAGCGGCGAAAGGGGCGUUGGAGACGGGCAGCCACGGGGAGACGGCAAAAGGCAAGCAGAUAUGA